CAUUAUCCUUUUCCCAAUUGAACUAAACUCCAAAAUAACCCCCCGGAGAACCUUUCGGGGAAACCUCCAUUGCGUCUCUCUCUAACCCGCAACCAUGGCAGCGAUCGGCUCCCUCGUGUUCUGCACCGACUGCGGAAAUCUUCUCCCCGUCUCCAAAGGAAACGUUAAGAAUAUGCUGCAUUGCGAAUGUUGCGGCGCCGACAAUAGGGACACAGCGUCCAAAACAACCGUCACACGAAGCAAACCCUCCGACUUCCCUUCCCUACUUCGCCAGAAACUCUCCAUCGUUCAAUCGGUCGAGCGGCACAAAGUUCAGACAGAAGCCACCGCGACCGAGACGUGCCGAGAGUGCGGGCGCAGCGAAGUCAGAUAUUCAGCGGUGCAACUGCGCAGCGCCGAUGAAGGCAGCACCAUCUUCUACACCUGCGAAUGUGGCCACAAGUGGAAUACCAACAAUUGA